AUGGCUGCAAGCACAAAUCGCUCUCUGCAAGAGACUCCGACUUGGGCUCUUGCCACGGUUUGUUUCGUCUUCAUCUUCUUAGGCAUUUUUAUCGAGCACUUGAUCCACCUGUCCGGCCAUUUGGGUUUCAUGUCGCUCAUAUUAACAGUCACUCAAAAGCCGAUAUCGAAAAUUUGUGUGCCGAAUAAUCUAGCCAAUCGCAUGCUUCCAUGUCAUAGGCAGGUAGGAUUAGGAAGUAAGGCUGUAAAUGGUGUGAAGCAUUUGUGGGUUUCAUUCGGCGAACAGAACCAAAUGCCACGCGCAAACUUUAAGGAUUUUAUUAAUUUUCCGGAUCAUCGUGUAAGAAGAGAACUUGCAGCUGCAGCUUCAUAUUCACCAGAUUAUUGUGGCUCUAAGGGAAAAACAUCGUUGAUUUCGGAACAGGGGAUAAAUCAGCUCAACAUACUCAUAUUUGUUCUUGCAGCAAUGCAAAUUGUUUAUAGUGUGGCUACAAUGGGGCUCGGAAGAGCAAAGAUGAGAAGGUGGAAAAUCUGGGAAAAGGAGACACAAACAAUAGAGUAUAUGGCGCAAAACGAUCCCGAAAGAUUCAGACUCACGAGACAAACGACAUUCUGGCAGCGACAUGUCGGGAGUUGUGCUACGAAUCCCGCCCAACUUUGGAUUAAAUGCUUCUUCCGGCAAUUCUUCAACUCUGUGGCUAAAAUCGACUACUUCACUUUGCGACAUGGAUUUAUUUCGACACAUUUAUCGACCAACACUUCGUUCAAUUUCUUAAAGUAUAUCCGGAGAUCAUUGGAAGAUGAUUUCAAAGCUAUCGUUGGUAUAAGCCCUACAAUGUGGUUUACAGUGGUCGUGUUUUUGCUAGUCGAUGUGCACGGUUGGAAUAUGUACCUGUGGGUUUCACUUUUGCCACUGACUAUAGUAUUGUUCGUCGGGACUAAACUGGAGGUGAUAGUGGCGAGAAUGGCCGUGCAAUUAACCGAUCGAAACACGGUAAUUAAAGGAAGCCCUUUGGUUCAACCGGACGAUAGUCUCUUUUGGUUCAGCCGGCCUCAGCUCGUUUUGACAUUGCUUCAUUUCACUUUAUUCAUGAACUCAUUUGAACUUGCUUUCUUUGCUUGGGUCACGUGGCAAUUUGGGAUCAAAUCCUGCUACCAUGAAAAUUGGGGGAUUAUUAUUGUCAGGAUUGUAUUAGCGGUUAUGGUGCAAGUCAUUUGCGGUUACAUAACUCUUCCUCUCUAUGCUCUUGUUACUCAGAUGGGGUCUCAAUACAAGAAUGCAAUACUCGAGGAACACACAUUCCAUGCAAUCAAACAAUGGCACGCGAACGUGAAGGAGAAGAGAAAGAAACCAAAUAGCUCGAUUCAAGAUACAAAUAAUCCCGACUCGAGUCUCUCUCCCCACAGACAAACACCGACUCUUUCAGAAUUCAGUUCGCGUGGUGGGCCCACCACCCCACACGAGAUCACGGAGAUUUCGGAAGUUGAAUUAACCCACGAUAAUAAUAAUAAUAUCCAAAUGCAUGAUGAUGGAAGAUUGUAA